AUGAGGGCGGUCGCGGAGCCAGGUUUCCACACACAGAUACCACUUCUCACGAGCAUGGCCGAGAUACAGGUGACGGUUCAGACGGAUGCGGUGAAGGACAUCCCCUGCGGGACAAGCGGAGGCGUGAUGGUAGAUUUCGAGAAGGUGGAGGUCGUGAACCGUCUGCGCAAGACGCACGUGCUGGACACCAUCCGGAACUACACCGUCAACUACGACACCACGUGGAUCUUCGACAAGAUACAUCACGAGAUAAACCAGUUCUGCAGCAAGCACACACUGCACGAGGUGUACAUCUCGCUGUUCGACACGUUGGACGAGCACCUCGCGGCAGCAUUGCAGCUCGACUGUGAUGUGUGGGCUCCAGGCAUUGAAAUAAUCUCCGUCCGAGUGACCAAGCCGAGAAUACCGACUCAGAUUCGACAGAACUUCGAAAAGAUGGAGGCCGAGAAGACGAAGCUGCUGAUUGCGAUGGAGACGCAGAGGGUGGUGGAGAAGGAGGCCGAAACGGAGCGGAAAAAGUCGACGAUAGAGGCGCAAAUGCUCUCGGACGUUUCGAGGAUCAAUAUGGACAAGGAGCUUGCGGAGAAGGACGUGCGCCGUCGGAUCGCGUCGAUCGAGGACGAGAUCCACUUGGGCCGUGAAAAAGCGUACGCUGACGCGGUCUACUACGCACAUAUGAAGGAGGCCGAAUCCAACGACCGCCUUCUCACCGACAGUUUCCUGGAGUACUCCAGGAUACUCAGCAUGGGCAACACCUCCAAGGUCUACUUCGGGGAGAAGUUGCCAGGCGUUUUUGUUGACAGCGGCCCGGGUAACGGAUGAUUUUGUGUUACCCACCCGGUUCAAGCGGGCAUGAACACCGCCCAAAAUAGAAGGUACAGAACGUACAUGAAUCCAGCUAUGAAUCACGCGUAGCUUGUCAGGUAAGGCCGCUACUGAUUUCUUGCGAAACCAAGUUGUACGCUUCCUGCCGUGUUGUUCAACCCGGUUGUCGGAACCGAAGCAUUCACUGAUCAAGCCUGGCACUUGCUUGUGAAAGGGAAGCGAUUUUCAUGCGCACGCUUUGCACUUGCUGUUUGGUGUGUGGGUUUUCGCACUUGCCGUUGGUGGGGUUGUCUUCUCAGUGCCUUACACGCGAAGUCAUGUCUGUUGCCCGCGUUUCGGGCAAUAACCGCGCCGCACCGUUCGCGUUAGUUUUACCAUGCACUUAUUAACAGUUUGAUGUCGAGGCAACCACCGUGGUAGUUGCUUCUGCUGUCGUUGUCAUUGUCACUUCAGUCGAGAAGUAUGUGUCGGUGGCAUCGUCUUUUGUCGUGUCAGUAAGCGAUGUGAGGAUGGCACACAGACGUGGUCGUCUUCUUGCUAGAUCAUUCCGUCAUGACUGCCUAGUCAGUAGUAGCAAAUUUGGAUUCAGAGUGAAGUGGGUAAGUCCCGAAUGCCAUCAAGGUACGGGUUCUGCCCUUUGUACGGUGAAUGAAGGGGACUGUGGUUUGAUAUGGCAGGGAAAACGGCACAAUAGCGAUUUUUUUUGUAUUGUCAAUUUUCUCACCGGCCUCAGGUGACAAGCAGGUAUCGGUUAUAGAACAGAUACAGGAUACUAUUGAAAGGAAGUUGAGCAGAGGUUGGAGUGGAGAAUAGCGCUGCGUCCGUCGAAGGACUCUUUGGUUACUCCAACCCUUUGAUCUUGAAUGUAGAAAUACGUAUAUGGUGCGUUGUUGUUAUUCGUAGUCAUCUCAAUAAAUAGUCAACCGGC